CCAUGUAACGCAAGAAGGGGCGUGCUAUUCAACCCUGAGGCAUUUCCUCGUCAGAAAAAGCAAGGGGACGAAACUAGGAACAGCCUAGUAGGAAUCAUGGUGGACAGGUGUUUCUCUCGGUGUUUUGUGGUCGCUGUUCUUUCAAUCCGGGUGCUUCAUGCUUUGCCAACGACAACACUGGAUUCUUCCUCAGAUAUCCAAUGCCGCGGACAUGGACGAAAGUACAAGACCGUCGACUCAGACGGCAAACUGGUCUGUGAGAACUGUUCCAAGUGUCCUCCCGGCUAUGGUGUGUCUGUGGAGUGUACAGAGUACGCAGACACGGUGUGUGAAGUGUGCGUCGAUGGGAGGACGUUUUCGGGAACAUCCAGCAGUUGGAGGCGCUGUGAAGCGUGCUCAGUUUGUGCUACCCACGAGCUGACCAAGAGGGAGUGCACGCCUACCAAAAACAGCAAAUGUGGACUUUGCCUAAUUGGUUAUUUCUAUAACGACAUUACCGGGGACUGUGAUCGUUGUUCUUGGUGUUUUCCCGAGUACCCGAACAUUGCCGAUCAUGAAACUGAGUGUGACGUCACAGGGGUGAAACCUGGCUUUCAGUGCGGACCAAUCAUAGACCCUCCCUACCCUCCACCCCUGGACAACAUGGAACAUUCCAGUUUAUCCAAAGGAGAAAGCACCACAACAAAAUUUCUGCCAAAGAGAACUACACGGUCUGACAUGGAGUCAUCAGAGGAGAGGCAAAAACGAACGUCAGAAGUUUAUCAAACAACUUCAGAAUUUCACUUCAUCUCCUCAAGGACGUCACCGACAAAAUGGCCUCCUCCAAACGACACAAGAACAACAUCUGUAUACGCAAGGACUGCACAGACGGCUCAACAACCUAUUUUCAUCACACCGCCAGCCAAUACUAGUGCAGAUUUUUCCACAGAACAGCGCGUAACUCGAAGUCCUGUACCACCAACAGCACUUGGUGUCGCAUUAGCCGUCUUAGUAGUUACGGUUCUUGGGAUUUUCUGUCUUUACGUUAAGCGUGAUGCUGAGAGGUAUGACAGGGAAAACGUACUUUUACAAGAACAGGAAACACCCGAGGAUCUGGCACUCGUGGAGCCGCUGUCAAGUUCGGAAAAUAAUGAGUUUCUUUCUGCAGAGCUCGCGAUCGUUGUGUAAAUAUCCUGCUGAUUUGAUGGAUUAUGUUCAUACUUUUUCAAUGCUUUUCCUGAGACAUGUUUUUACGUGCCCUUCCUAAACUGUAAGGCCUUAAAAGUUGUAAGAAACACAAUAUAACAGUUUACAUGGAUGUAG